CCAACGCACAUGACUUGUCUUUUCAUAUUUCCGUGCGCACCACUGCCAAUUGGUCGCUGAGAGUUGCCUGAAGGCAUAGAACUGCCGUGCCAUUGGAGGCUCCGAGUAACAGAUUGUACAGUAACAGGCUAACAGCACGCCGAUUUUCUUUCAGUCGACUCACUCGAACACGUCCGUCCCUCCACGCGAGGCGCGUGAUUGCCCAGCAUGCCGCCCUUUCGCGAUGACCAGAUCUUGAUCAUCGCGCCCGGCUCGCAAACGACGCUGGCGCAACUCGGUCUGCCCGAAUCCUUCACUCCAGCACGCUACCGACUGCGCUCGCGCAUGUUCCCGGCCGAGCAGAAGGGAGAGUACGAACCGGUCAAGAUCAGGAAGAAGGAGAAGGAGGUCACAACGACAGACACACCAACCAAUGGCGAUGCGAAGAUGGACACGGGCGAGGCGGAGCCCGUGGCGGAGUGGGAAGAGGAUCGCAUAUCAGAGGACGGGGCGGUGUGGCCCAUCCAGAACGGCAGCAUCGUCGACUGGCCGUGCUUCUACGCCUUGCUCGAACACGUCUACAACACCGUCAACCCACCCUUCCAUACCCCCAUCCUGUUGAUCGCCGAGCCCACGUGGACCCACAAGGAAUACGAAAAGGUCGCUCAGUUCAUCUUUGAAAAGUUCAAGACCCCUGCCCUGGCCAUGAUGGACUCCGCCGUCGCAACCACUUAUGCAUAUGGCAUCCCCACCGCCACCGUCAUUGACGUGGGCUUGAACAAGGCCGAUGUCAGCUGUGUCGUCGACUUUAUGCUGCAAGAUGCUGGCCGAAGCAUUGCCGUGCCCGAGUGCGGUGGAAAUGCUAUGACGGACCGCUUAGUCGAGCUAUUGGCGGGGAGAAAAGGGUUCAACCGAGAUGUGUGUGAACAGCUGAAGAGGAGCCCCAUAUGCGAAAUUCUCGGCCCGGACAUUGAUCUGCCAGAUACCGAUGCUGGUGCCAGUAACCCUGCUGCUGCCGCGUCGACGGGAGCUGCGGGCGCCGUGCCAGGGCAGAGGCCGGCCUCAGUAGCAGGCGAGCUACCACUAGGACCAGGGCCAGGUACGCAGGUGGGAGAGGAGAAGAAGCUGGAAGACGAGGAGGGUGUGCUCGAUGUCGCGAGCAUCGUGACCAGUGGCAACAUGAGCGAGUACCUAGCGCAGAAGGAGAAGGAGAAGCAAGAAAAAGCUGCUCUGAAGCAAAGGAAAAACAGUGAAGUACAACCCCAACUCAACAAGCCAGCCCGGUUACCCAAUUCCAAACGAGCCCGGAACACCUUUGUGUACGAGGACUUUGCCCUGCACGACGCGAUGAAGAAGGCCGGAAAGAGCACCCAGGAGCUGGUAGAUAUGCAGACUGCUCUGGAUGAAGGACCAAACAAAAGACAAAGGACACCCGAACCACAGUCCGCUGUGUCAGACAAGCCCGCCGAUACCGAACAAGAGCCAGCAGAGGCCCCUACGGAGAACACGCCCACCGGAGGCUUCCGAAGAGAGAUUGAAGUCGGAGCUGAACGAUUCCAAUCCGCAUCUGGCGGCAUCCUGGACCGCCUUGCUGAUGCUGUACAUCGGACCAUCCAGUCCUGCGGAGAGAUCAACAAACGAAGCGAUCUAUGGGAUUCACUGAUCAUUCUUGGAAAUGGAGCCAAGAUCAGAGGUUUCAAGGAAGCUCUCGUGGCAACCUUGCAAGCAAAGUACAUCGUCUCACCCUCGUCCGCCACCAUCUUCACCUCCGAACUUCCUUCAAACUUCUCCACGCCCGUCGCCACCGGAGCCAAUACACCCCAGCCUGGUGUACAGCCACAGCCACAGCCACAGCCACAGCCGCAGCCGCAACCGCAACCGCAGCCGCCGCAGCAGCAGCAGCAGCAACCGCCUCCUCCUCAUGGAGGAGGCGGUGUCAAUCCACUCCUGCAUGCUGCGUUGACUGCGCAGAACCCCCAAUUACAUCCCCCGCAGCCCAUGGGCCAAUCCCCGAUACCGCAGGGAUUGCAUUCAAGUGGCCACGGACAAACGCCGACGAGUAUCAAGACGGCCAAGAUUCCGGAUUACUUUCCCGAGUGGAAAGAGGCCGGAUAUGAUGAGGCCACGUUCCUCGGUGCGCAAGUGGCGGGCAAGUUGUUGUUCAUUGUGGACGGGGGCGCUAGCAAGGGAUAUAUGACUCGGACGGAUUACAAUGACCAGGGCCCGAGUGGGAUACAUGAUGUACGGAUGUAAUGGUGGCAAAUCCUCGUCCGUCGCCGUGUGAAAAAACACUGAUUUGAUGUGCAAACAUCAUGCCCAGAAAGGAAAAAAAAGAGGAAAGAUGAAGCUGCUGUCAGCACAGAUUUCCCUUCUGGAAUAGAAAGGUGAACAAAGUGAUACCCAGUCAGUGCAGUUCAGUCCAUUCUUCUUUUUACCUUCACGUCGAAAGCCUUGCAGUAGACUCCCCACUGGUCCGAGAGUCGAUCGAUAUUGCUACACGAGUAGACAUAGUUUCAUGGCUCCUGGGGCUGGAUGAUAUAGCGUCCAGAAGAGCGAGCUGUUUUUCUGCCUGUGACAAUUCCCGGGAUUCGCCGGCCGUCGAGUGCAGCAAUUAAGGGCGUCCCGGUUGGCCAUGGUGGUCGUGUCAGCUUGUCUUACUAUUAGGUCAGGAAG